CACAGACCAACUAAAAGGGUGGAGGAGAGAAGCAACAGAAAGAAGAACGGCGCCCACAUAACUUGGGGCCUCCAAACUCUUUUUGUACUAGUUCAAUUCUUCUGCCCCAUCAAGAUCUCAUCUCAGGAAAGUUUAGCUGCUUUAUAGGGUCAUUUGGGUGAAAACCGGGGGCAUCAAAAUGAGGCUGAAGAUUGCCAUUUUCUUUGGAGCUCUAUUUGGUGCUUUGGGAGUUUUGCUCUUCUUGGUCGCCUUUGGCACAGAUUAUUGGCUUUUGGCUACGGAAGUCGGGAGAUGCUCAGGUGAACAGAAUGCGGAGAAUGUCACUUUCCACCAUGAAGGUUUCUUCUGGAGAUGUUGGUUUACUGGGAUUAUAGAAGACCCCAAGGCUAGCAUUUGGAAAUUCUGGUAUACUAAUCAAUCUCCUUCGAAGAACUGUACACAUGCUUAUCUCUCACCAUUUCCUUUUCUGCGAAAUGAACAUAACUCAACUUCCUAUGACUCGGCAGUCAUUUAUCGUGGUUUCUGGGCUGUCUUCACACUUUUGGGUGUUUCUGCCAUCGUGAUAGCAAGCUUCUUCAUCGUCUGUGCAGCUCCCUUUGCCAGCCAUGUUCUGUAUAAAGCAGGAGGAGGGUCUUUUGUAGCUGCUGGUAUCCUGUUCUCUCUGGUGGUGCUGUUGUAUGUCAUCUGGAUUCAGGCUGUGGCUGAUAUGGAAAGCUACAUAGCCAUGAAGAGGAAAGACUGCCUAGAAUUCUCCAUCUCCAUCCAGUAUGGCUGGUCUUUCAUGUUGGCUCCAGUGGGAAUAUUUUUUUCUCUGUUUGCAGGAUUGCUGUUCCUACUUGUUGGGCGGCACAUUUACAUACAUCACUAGUCUUACCCACUCCUUUAAGUAGGGUUGUGCCAAUCUUGGAAAUUUUCACUGAAGCAUAAUUUUUACAUGGUGUUAAAAUUAACCCAGGUUAGUGUUGAUUAGUAUAAUUGUGUAGCUCUUUUAACUGAGUCAUUUGACUGAUUCUGCUUUCUUUUAGACAAUAAGAUCCCAGAUUUCCUCUAGAGAAGAUGUCUAUUGAUACUUUCAGGAUCUAAUCAUUAAAAAAAAUUAGAUAUAGAUGGCAAAUGAUCCUCCUAAAAGCACUGGGUCUCAUGUCUAUUCCAAUGGACUUAUCCAAACAAGGACACUUACUAUUGACAGAGUUUAUUAGGAGCCUACUGUGUGCAAAGAACUGCACAAGGCACUUAGCAAAAUCAACACAGGAGUCUUACAGGGUUCCUAAGACUGCCUUUGGUAUUCAUUUCUUCUAUAAAGCCACUCGAGAGAAUGGUUUACUAUAUGGUAAACAACAUUUAAUAGAGAAGUGAGAUUCCCUCCUGCCCCUCUCCACCCACAUAUACUUAUAUACAUAGACACUGACCUGUUUUUGUUCUCAUAUGAACUCAUUCUUCAGGACUUAAAAAUAGAGCACAGUUGUUCUCAUAGAAGUACAUCUGCAAGGUCCCUUGGAAGAUCAUACAGUAGUGGUAGUUCAUUUCUAACAUGCACAUAUGCAAUUUCAUUUAUAAUAUAGUAUAUGUUGCUUUUAGUAAACUUCUGAAACUAAGAUGUAGUCAUUUGAUUUUCGCAUGUUUAGGUAACAUAAGUAAGGUUUUCAACAAGUUGUAAAGUCAAAAUUAAAAUGGCAUAGAAUUUUAAAAUCAAUUGAGUUGAAGCAUUAAGAUGUAACAUUCAGUUCUCUUUUUAAAACUAUUUUGUAACUUCAGACCUUAACUAAGGACAUGACAAUUUUUAGUAGAUUUUUAAUAUCCAUUUAGAGAAAGUAUAGAACUAAAUAACUGAACAGAGAAGAUGUAUGAAUUGUAUUGAUGGAAUGUUAUUUUAAUAUUGAAUAAACUAUAACCUUUCCAAAUAUUUGUAUAGCACACCCGUAAUAUGCUUGCUUAGCUAUCAGUAGGAAAGUAAUUAUUACCCUAAACUCAUUUCUCCCACUCUCCUCCCUCUCUUAAAAUUCUUCUGAGUUUGAAGCCCCAUUAUUUCUGUCUCAUUUUCUUUAUCCACAAAAUGGGGAUUCCAGAAUCUUUUUUUUUUCUAAACCACUCUCUGACAGCUUAGAAAAAAUGGAACUCUGCGGCAGAACAGGGUUCCCUGACGUGAUUUGGGUGGAGUGAAAAUUUCUGCUCUUAGUAUGUUUCCUUGCUCUUGGCUGGAGUACUGAUUGAAAUCAAAUCCAUCUGAGAGGCCUGGGCAUUUGCACAUUGGUGUUUGAUGGGGAAUACAGAGACAGAAUAUUGGCUUUGUUCAAUGCCCGGUGCUUCGUUCCACAGCUGUUAUUAAUAGUCAUGGCAUCUCCAAGAGGCCAGAACAGAAUGACCACCUAGAAGAUGUGGUGGAGUGGAUUGUCUUGUAUCUAAUCCAGCAGUUCUUGUGAUUGAAAUAUUGCCAAUAUUUUCUCUGCUUUUGAUUUGAUUUUCCACUAAACUCUGUUUAAGCAGUUCAAUGUAAAAAGACUGAGGUGAAUCAGCAGAAGCUGAAGUCCUGACAGAAUCCCGAUAAUUUUUUAGUGAUAGCCAGGACCCACCCAUAAUCCCCAAGAGAUGUUCAAAGGUCUCUUAAGAAUGUGUUCUCACGUUGCUUCAACAGAUGCAUUUUUCCAAGGGACUAUUUUUCUUCCAAGGUUUUUAUUGCUUUAUACUUAUUUGUUUUCUGGAAAUUAAUAAUCAGUUCCAUUAAACAUAUCGAAUGUAAUGUUGAACUACAGAAUGCUAUUAAGACUACCAAGCCAUGUUAGCUGUAUCUGAUUAGUUUACAUCAACUGUAAAUACAACUCCUUUUUGUAGACCUUUGGAAUCUAGCCUUUCUCUGAUGUACUGUAUGUCAUUUAAAUCCCAGCUACAAGCUGCCUUUAGUAAAGAUUUGAAUAUUUAUAACUUUCA